GGCGCAGUGUGGUUGUUAGUGCAUUCGGGUGAAGUGAACCAGAUCGUCGUUGUUGUGGGUUCUGUGAUGUAUUCGCUGGGUUUUGCAGUAUGAUGUUGGUCCAACCUUAUACAGUGCGGUGAUCUAAAAGUGAGCACAUUUAAGGUUCAUGGUGAUGAUCCUGUAGAUUAGUAUACCGAGUGAUUUCAAAGCUUGAAGAGCAAUGAGUACAGAGGUUAGUUAGUGAAAAUUCCAACUACUUUGAUAGUAGAAAAAAAGUGUUCUAAUGGAGAUACAGUAGUCACUGAAGCUUUCAUAGUGCACCAGUUCUGGCGGAAUAGAAGUCUUGUGAAGUUGUUACAGUAUAGCCAAACAUAUUUGGUUGCAGCAGCCUAAAUAAGUACCUUUUUCGUAUUUAUCUAGAUCAGCACCAAUAGCGACCCGACAGCAGCUACACCUACAGGGAAGACAACCGGCUCCAACGUACAUAUCCUGGGGAAAUCAAUCAAAGAUUCGAACCAUCCCGGGCGAAGAGAACAAGCCUCUCUCGUGCAACCAUCAGUCGCUCUCGUAUGAGCUAGUGAGCUAGCUAGGGGUAUCACCAACACUGAGGCUCCACACAGUCGAACAAACUCACAUUCGCCUGGUUGCAAACCCCAUCACGAGCAGGUGGUCGGUCGCCCCCCCAACAAAAACACCCACAGCUGUUCCGUGCCGUACCGAUCGCGUACUGACAGUGAGCGCGAGUGUGAGAGAAAGUUUGCUCCAAUUUGCCACAGUCACUGCCACAUACUCGGAAUACCGCGUUACUCACACCAUGAUGGACCUGUUUAUACGUACGACUUGUGUCUUCGGCACGAGGCGAUUCAAAGCAUUACUACUUAUUCCAAGAAUGGGUUCCUUCACGUCGGCACCCCAGAUCAAGAACGUCGACUACCAGGAUGAUCAGCUGGAGAUAUCCAAUGGGAUGUCCAUUCCAGACCUGAUAGAGUACUGCCGAAUAGCACGAGGCGAAGACCGGCCCCAGCUAGUGAAGCGAAAGUUCCUCCGCCCGGAUGAGCGUACCAACCAGCCGGAUCUAACCGGUGGUUUCCGGAUGCUGAAACUGGAUGCUAUUUCCAAAACUUGCAGUGAACCAACGACAAAUCCAACUCAGCUCCGUGUUUUCCAGUGGAAUAUGCUCUCGCAAACACUUGGCAUGCACAAUGAUGGCUUUGUUAGGUGCCCGGUAGAUGCGCUUACCUGGGAGUGUAGACGAUACCAGAUGAUACAGGAGAUUGUACAAAACGACCCGGAUAUAGUUUGCCUCCAGGAAGUGGACCACUUCAAGUUCAUCCAGAAGAUCUUGGCCACCCAAAACUACGAGGGAGUGUUCUUCCCGAAGCCAGACUCGCCCUGCCUCUACAUCAACGGUAACAAUGGCCCGGACGGCUGUGCCGUAUUCUACAAAAAGGAUCGCCUGGAGAUGAUCAACCACUUUACCAGGGUGCUGGAGGUGUGGCGGGUUCAGAGCAAUCAGGUUGCGAUAGCUGCACUGUUCCGAACACUGGACACCAAUCAGGAGAUUUGUGUUACCACUACCCACCUAAAAGCACGCAAAGGAGCCCUACUCUCCAAGCUGCGAAACGAACAAGGCAAAGAUCUGCUCUACUUCAUCGAUGGACUAGCCAAAAAGCGACCGGUGAUACUGUGUGGUGACUUCAAUGCGGAACCCAUAGAACCCAUCUACAGCACGGUGUUGAACUUUAAACCUCUGGGUCUAUCGAGUGCAUACUCUGACCUAUUGGCGCAGGAACUUCCGCAAACGGAGAACGGAAUUGACCAGAAUGCAGCGAAUACGAACACCUCGUGUCCGGCGGCUCUGCAACACAAAGCAAGCAUAGCAUCGAUUCACAGUGUCGACGACGACUGCAGCAUCAGCUCGACAGGAAAGACAAAAGCUGAACUAUCAGCUGCUAACGAACCGCCCUACACGACCUGGAAGAUUCGGGAGGAGGGAGAGGUGUGCCACACAAUUGACUAUGUUUUCUAUUCCAAAGAUCAAAUCACCGUCAAGAACUGCCUUAUGUUCCCGUCGGGUGACGAGAUAAGCCCGGACCGAACACCAAGCUAUCAGUACCCAUCGGAUCACUUUUCGCUGUGCUGCGAUUUUGAGCUCCAGCCAGCACCCAGCAAUGGUGACCAGCCCUAAUAACGAGUAAGCAAAAUGAAAGCACCAGAAGAUGCGAAUUAAACUAACAUCACCAUUUGUACCGAAAGUAUCAAAUUAGCUAAUAAGGCAGGUAUCUUGAGCUAUGCUCGAAGCCAAAUCCACGAAACAAAUUACAAAUUGAACAUGGUUCUUCCACUGAGAACUUCAACAAUUAGUGUUAGUGUGUGAAAUCAAUUAUUCAACGCAGGACGAGCGCCGAAGUCAAUUCAAUGCAAUUGAUUGGAGUCGGCGGCAAUGAAAACAAAACAUUAAAUAGUUGUACAGCUUGUGAUAAUAGUUGUGAUAUUAAAUGAGGCGUACACCCUUGAUGGGUUGCCCAAAAACGAGAGGGAGAGUUGAAUCCCGAUUUUUAUUUCUUACUUUUAAUUGUGUAACUCGAUUGACCUAAGUUAGACGGAUGUUGUAAUAACGUAUUGCAGAAAGUAAACUUCCUUUCUUUUCUAUGAGGCAAAAUAACAAAUAAGCCAUAUUGAAGGAUUAUAAGUUUAAAAGAGGCACGAUAUUUUUCAUUACUACAAAGCAAGGCAGUGUAAGAUGGCGUACGGUUCGUAUGUUAGUCAAUUAUGUUGAUAGCUAGGUGAAACUGAUGGGUCUACCAGGAAGAAAACGCAGCUUUAGGAUCAGUAAGUGACAAAACAAAUGAUGAAUGUAGCUAAAAUUGUAAGAUGUGCGUUAUUUUCCAAAUAAACAAGCAACAGAUUAACCAAAAA